AUGGCAAGCGAAAAAUCGUUUAAAGUUGAAACCAGAGUUUUUAAAAGAAGCAUGAAAUCCAGGCACAAAAUCGAGCUUCCAAAAUUUAUCACAGAAGAAGAACUAGAUGAUAUAAUAACCCAAGCUCCAGGGUAUCGCACAGCAACAAAAAAACGGCACUCAAUACGAGCUUCAAGCUUAGCUGAUGUAAAUAGAAAAUCACAUACCCCGACGCACAAAAAAGUUUCAACGCUAUUAAAAUCCAGGGCAUCACCAUAUGAUGAUCAUGAAAAAUUAUUUAAAAAGAGGCCUCUUCAAAAUACCGAAAAUUUAGAAGGCAGCUAUAUAAGCCGGUUGUCACUUAUGACAAAUAAAUACAUUCUUUAUUUGAUUAUAUUUUACAGUAUAGACAAUUAUAUAUAAUAGCUAUAAUCUUAUAACCAAUAAAAAUGUAGAUACACUGGCUUGGUGAACCUAUAACUUUUCUUAAGCACUUAAUUUGGCAUGGCAUAGGAGUUUAAAAGCAAAAAACCUUGAAUUAGAAGAGGAAGUAAAAGUUAUGGGAGAAAAACACAAAGAUGAUAUGGCUAUUUUAAGAAAAGAGAUUGAGAGAUUAAGAUCGAAAAAUAAAAUAAUGAAAUCUGAACAUUUUGAGUAUGACCAAAGACUAAAUGAAGAAAUUUUAAACUUAAGACGAGAAUUAGAAGAAACUCAACAGGAAGUAAUCAACUUCAUUGACUCAAGUCAAUUCAAUUAGAUAUAUUAUUCGUUUAUCUUCCACUGCCAUGUUGCACGCUGCCACUACACCGACCACCAUAGUGUGGCCUCCUUGGCAUCGCUACACGACGACAAGGACACCAGUCUUGAAGUUUGGGCUUCGGCGACUCUUCUUUGCCUAAUUCAGUCCGUCAGGCACCCUAAAUACCCAGUCUCCACCGUCUGGGCUAAAUGAACCCUUCUAGAUAUUCGAUUCUCUGAGCUCAGGUGUCCGGUCGGAAAACCACCCAACUCUUGCUUUCAUUACAUAGCUGAGAAAAUUCCACUAGAGGAAACCAGCCCAUAAUUAAAAUAUCAAGAAAUGAAUUUUCGGUCUGGAGAUUGAAAAAUCCGAGCAACACAUAUUUAAUUUUCCAACUUCAUUGAUUCAGUAAAACAAAUGCUUGAAAAGCUAUCCGUAAAAUGCAAUCAAUUUAAUAGCACUUUUCCUCAGUCAAUCUCUGAGACUUCUUAUUGAGAUAUUGAAGAAGCAAUAUGCGGUUAUAAUAUCAGUAUAGAAGAACUAUCAAAAAGGAUACCAAGAAUGAACUUGGAUGCUUUUUUAAUAGGACUGUCGUUAAAUCCAUCUCCUUCCACUGGGGAAACUCAAGAAAUUGACGCAUUUAGGAAGACAGCAUCAUUUCAAGAGUUUAAUAAUGAAUAUAUUUCUCCAUCAGAAACUCUAAAUGCGGCUCAAGCAGUUGCAAUUUUUAAUUAUAAAGCUGAAAAUCCUGGAGAACUUGACUUAAAAGUUGAUGAUAAAAUAGUUGUUUUGAAGCAACAAGAUGAUGGCUGAUGACUUGGAAAAACUGGAGAUAAAGUUGGAAUAUUUCCAUGCAAUUUUGUGAAUUUAGAAUAA